AUGGCGACGCCGAAGUCGCCAGCAAAAUUUCGCUCUUGGAGUUCGAUGGACUCUAUCGACCCAGCUGACAUUCGUCGACUCUAUGACCCAGAAUCAUCGUCAAAGUCUUCGUCAGUGCGAUGUGUGAGCACAUGGAUGUUUUCAUUACUUAUUCUGGGAUCUUCGGUUUUAUUUCUGAUAGGUUUACUUGUAGGAUACUACGUGAGGGAAAGCCAAAACUUCGAUAAUGAUCACGGGAGUAUAGCACAUUGUUUUUACGGUGAAAGAAGCGAUGGCUUUUCACCACAACAAGUAGACUCUGCACACGAGAAUGUCAUGUAUCUACUUUCAUCUGAGAAUAUCAACACAUUACAAAGGUGAUUUUCAUCCAGCCAAUCUCUAAAUCCAGACUCGGGAUGGGAUGAAAAUUCUGUCACCUUUCUCAAAUCAGAAUUUACCAAAUAUGGUUUGGAUAAAGUUAGUGUGGAAGAAUAUGAUGUGGUCGUCACCUACCCUAAUCCUGUUCAACCCAAUAGGUUAGAGGUCAUCUCCUCUGCAGGCCAAGUCAAAUUAAAUCUGACCUUUGGCCUAGGUCAGAGGUCAAAUGCCAACAGGAGAAAGCGGGUUGCUGACAAUGUGAAGGAGGUGAUGGAAUAUCCUACAGACCUGCCAUAUGUGGCGUUUGCUCCUUCUGGAACUGUACAGGGUGCAUUGGUGUACAGUCAUUAUGGAAGGAUGGUUGACCUUGUACAGGUCAACAACAGUGGUGUUAUACUCAAGGACAAAAUACUCCUCCUCAGACUUGGCAGAAUCUCGGUGACAGAAAAGCUGUCUCUGGCGGCGCAGAUGGGCGCUAUUGGUGUUUUACUUUACCUUGAUCCAGCAGACCUUAGAGGGAUUCCAGCUAGAGUGAUUUCCCCUGAUGAAGAUUUACAGACAUUUGUACCGUAUGCAUCUGCUGGUGGAAAGAUUUACACAGGCAAUCCAAACAGAGUUUCUAUUGUACCAGCUCAGACUAUCUCUAUGGAAACAGCGACAUUCCUUAUGAACUCUCUGAAUGGUCCAUCUGCUCCAGUAUCCUGGACUGGCAGAUUGAAUGCUUCUUACCAUCUCCAAGGCCAGCACACAGUGAAACUUGUCAUCAACAAUGUGAAGAAAGUGGAGACAGUGAGAAAUGUCGAAGGUGUUAUCGAAGGAGACAUAGAAGGAGAUCGUUAUGUGAUGGUGGGAGCAGCAAGGAUGGUGGGGUCACUGACAGGAUCUGAUGUCUCCAUGGGAACCGUCAACUUGUUGGAACUGGCUCACAGCAUUGCAUCUAUAAGACGUCUCGAAAAGUGGCUACCUCGUCGAGGGAUCAAGUUUUAUUCCUGGGGUGGAACACAGUUUUCUCACAGUGGAAUUGAAGCAUUUCUUAAAGUGAAUGGCCUCAUUGUACAAACCAAAUCUGUAUCCUACAUUGACCUUGACCUCUACAUGCGACAACAAGAUAGUCUGCACAUGCCCAGCAUGGAUGUGACAACAAGCCACCUGCUGUCUAAUUUGGUUAAAGAAGUCUCCACCAUUGUGCCUGAUGCUGCAAUGACGGAGCUGUCAAUCAAAGACAGCCUCUCCCUGACUAUAAACCAGUACAGGAAGUCAGUCAGUACCAUUGACUACCUCCGUGGGAACCCUGAUUCUAUGUUCUUAUUCCAGGAGCUUGGUAUCCCAGUCUUUAAGGCUGGUUUUGAUCUGCCUGGUGCGAUGAUAAAUAACGGUUCCCUCCAUGACCCCGAGCAUCAUUACCGAUAUCACUUGGCAGCAACCAGAGUUAUUGCCCUUGUUAUAUUGAAUCUAGUAGAUGAUAACAUCCUGCCUCUAGAUGUUGCUGGCCUUGCAUCCUCCAUUGAUGAGGCCCUGAUACAGACGGCAGACAUACAGGAUAUUAAUGAACUUCUAGAUAAGCUGUUAACCACAUCAGACAUUUUCCUUACCACUGGGAAGGCCUUUGAGGUUUAUAUAGAAUCUCUAGGCUCCAGUAAAGUUCCUCUAGAGGCACGUAGGGUCAAUGAUGCCCUCAUGAUGCUGGAGAAAGUUUUCGUCUCUCCUCAAAAAAACAGAAACAGUGCAAGUGUUCUUUAUGAAACUGACGACACUGGUCAACUAUCAGUGGUCAAGGAGAUGACUGUACUGUCCAAGGUUACAAAUGACUGGUCAAGCAUUGACUGUUUACUGGACUCCUUCUCUAAUGCAUUAAAACAAAGUAUAAGUAUUCUACAGUUGAGCUAG